AUGGAGGGACUGGCCAGUAGGAGGCAGUCAGAGACGAUCCCUCUGACCCCUGAACCACAGGAAGUCCCACCACAGAAGAGGAAGAAGAAAAAGAAAGCUCAGACCCAAGGUACCCUAGGUUCUGAGCCGGAGCUGGUGAAUGGGGAUGGGAUGGACCAGCACACGGACGGGGAGGAACAAGCCGUCACCAGGACAAAAACCAAGAGGAAGAAGAAGUCCAAGAUUGACAUGCAUUACGCCAAUGACCUGGGUGUGGAGGAAGGUGACAUCGUCAGUGGUUUGCACCACGCUAUCCCCCAGCAUUCCCUGUUUUCUACUCCUCUGGGCCACAGCCAGCCUGUCGGCAAAGUGUUUGUGGAGAGAAACAAGCGUUUCCAGGCGACUGACCCGCCCAAACACAACCCACAUCUACCUGACCACAUGGAGGAUUACAUGGAGGUCAGACCCCUCUGGACGACCAGGGACGUAGCCAUGAGAGUACACAGUGGCUUCAGAGUGAUUGGUCUGUUUUCCCAUGGCUUCCUGGCUGGCUAUGCAGUGUGGAACACUGUGGUGGUGUAUGUUUUGGCUGGGGAGCAGUUCACCACCCUACCUAACCUGCUACAGCAGUACCACUCCUUGGCCUACCCUGCCCAGUCUCUCCUCUACCUACUGUUGGCUAUCAGCACAGUGUCUGCCUUCGACAGGGUGAACCUGGCGAAGGCCUCCAUGGCUCUAAGAGGAUUCCUCACUCUGGACCCAGCUGCUCUGGCCUCCUUCUUGUACUUUACAGCGCUCAUCCUGUCCCUCAGUCAGCAGAUGACCAGCGAUCGUAUUAACCUCUACCCCACUGCCAACGAGACCUUGUGGCCUCCUGGUUCAGAGCACCAAAUCCUCCAGCCCUGGAUUGUGGUCAACCUGGUGAUAGCCCUGUUAGUGGGUCUGGCCUGGGCCUUCGUCUCCCAACGCGACCAGACAUGGACUACACCGAAGAGUUUUUAA